CGUUGAGGCAAGCGCUUUCAUUUUUGUCAGGCUCCGUGACUAAGAUGGAAGCGUUUUGGGAGUCGCGGUCUGGGCAUUGGGCCGGGGGUCCGACCCCGGGACAGUUUUACCGCGUCCCGUCCACUUCCAGUUCUUUCAUGGAUCCGGUAUCCGCUCACUACGAGGGCCCAGUCACGCGGACCCAGAACCCCAUGGUGACCGGGACCUCGGUACUGGGCGUCAAGUUUGAAGGCGGAGUGGUGAUUGCAGCAGACAUGCUGGGCUCCUAUGGCUCCCUUGCCCGCUUCCGCAACAUCUCUCGCAUUAUGCGAGUCAACAACAGCACCAUGCUGGGUGCCUCUGGAGACUACGCCGACUUCCAGUAUUUGAAGCAGGUUCUCGGCCAGAUGGUGAUUGACGAAGAGCUGUUGGGAGAUGGACACAGCUAUAGUCCUAGAGCUAUUCAUUCGUGGCUGACUAGGGCCAUGUACAGCCGCCGCUCCAAGAUGAACCCUCUCUGGAACACCAUGGUCAUUGGAGGAUAUGCUGAUGGAGAAAGCUUCCUGGGGUAUGUGGACAUGCUUGGUGUAGCCUAUGAAGCCCCUUCGCUCGCCACUGGUUAUGGUGCAUACUUGGCUCAGCCUCUGCUUCGAGAAGUUUUGGAGAAGCAACCAGUGCUGAGUCAGACUGAGGCCCGAGAGUUAGUAGAACGCUGCAUGCGAGUUCUUUACUAUCGAGAUGCUCGUUCAUAUAACCGGUUUCAAAUUGCCACCGUAACUGAAAAAGGUGUUGAAAUAGAGGGACCGCUAUCUGCUGAGACCAACUGGGAUAUUGCCCACAUGAUCAGUGGCUUUGAAUGAAAUGCAGACAUGUUGUCCAGAGUUGAAGUUGUACCCUUCUUUUAAAUUUGAACUUGGUUGGUUCAAAGUAGACUUUUCUUUUGUAAAAUAAAU